UGGAGGCUAGUGUUGCUGUUUCGGCCCGAAAGUAGCGUUCUGGGUUACGAACAGGCUACUAUGGCUGAUGAUGACUUAGACGAACUGCUUGACGAAGUUGAACAAAAGUUUUGUCGCGACGUCUCCGUGUCGGAAUCGAGCGAGGCAGGAAAACCCAGCAAAGAAACACAGCAGUGGAAGUUCAGUGCAAAUAAGGUGCAACAGCCAACCAGCAGUGUCUCUGAGGACAUUGAUGCGUUUCUGGAAGAGUUACUGGAGACUGAUUACAGCGACUCCCUUCAGUCAAAGACUGAAGAGUUUCUUAAAGGAUCUCCGCUAGAGAAGAAGUUUUCCUUUCAGACGGGACAAAGAAAGUGCUGUCCUGUUUUUGUUGGUGGGAGCUCAGUCACAAAUGGUGUUGGAACAGCCACAUCCAAGAGGUCAUGUGACCAGCUGAGAUGUAUAUCUUGUGACUUUCGGGUGCUGAUGUUUGAUGAUUCUGAGUGGGAUCCAUCCUGUGAUUACCUGUUCCUCAGGAACAACAUGCCGAACUGUCAGAAGCUCAGAACCAAGCUGAGGAGGAGGAGAGCGUAUCGAGCGUACGCCUGCCAGUGCAGCUGGUUCUCUGCAUCAGAGCCAACAGACCUCAGGGAUCAACCUCAGCUCAGAUGGGUCUGUGGCAAACACCAGGACUGAUGUUCACUAACAAGACAAAGCACACAUGGGACUCUCGUGUCUGUCUGUCGGACAGAAUUUUCUUUUUCACUACUCCUCGAUGUAUCACAGCAGACAUCUCUGAAGACUUUAAAUUCAUUUCUAUGAAAUGUGCUGAUGGACUUGGUCUCAAUGCCCAAUGAAUAUACGAAGAUAAUGUAAAUUAUAUAGUGUGGUGUUGGUAAGUCACCAAGUCCCAACAUAGUAGAGACCCUGAGGAUCUUCUUUUUUUGUAAGAAGUUAGCACUUUCCUCUUCCAUAAUCAAAUGAGAGAAUUUCUUUUGGAAGUUGAAACGUAUGAAUCACUCCCAUGAUUCUGGGGUUUAAGUGGUGCCACAUAAUCUGUAGAUACAUAAGUUAGCGUAGCAUCAGUGACAUCACCGCUGUUUUGAGUCAUUCAUCAUGUGGUUAUUGCCAUUGACCAUCUGGUUGUUCACAACCAGAGAUGAAAUACCAGUUUUGGGCAAAACCUGAGUCAAACUUUAGUAUAAAAUCAGUCUCUGAUCUCUUACAGAAACACAAUGAGCUCAGACACUUGCGUCUCUCAUUUCUUUUCAUUGCUAGGACACAUUUCCCCAGCAAUUUAAAGUUUUUCCUUUUCUCAAACAAAAUUUGUUUGCCAUAAACUUCUAUAAAUCCCACACUUUAUAGCACUUUAAAGAAGGUGACAAUGUCUAAUUAGAUCCUCUAAAGAAAAAAGUCAAACAAUGAACUUUAAGAUUUUUGUUGGUUGGAAACCUUAUGUUAAAAAUCAUCUUUCCACUUUUUCAUGGUUUUUACCAACCUCAAAAAGAAGCACAGUACAUAGCUCUUUGUUAUUAAGUGUUCCACUGUGUACACCAUCUCAUCCCUGUUUGUGAUGGCUGAUUAAGGUCGGGCAGGGUUUGUACUUUGGUUUCAUAGAAGAUUUUGUCUGAAAGCUGUUGCUUGAUGUUGAAAAACAGAACAAUCAAAACAGCAAAAAUGAACUGAAACAGCAAAUGUACAGCGAGAUGUGAGAGUGAAAGCUCCUAAAGCUAGUUUAAAAAUCUAAUAUAAGAUUCAUGUGAUAAUAUGGUAAUAUAACAAUUCCAAGGAUACGUCUCAUAUUGAUGUGGUCACAUUAUCAGUAUCAGUACGUUAUGUUCAUGUUCUUAUUCCACUAUCUCUUAUCAUAUUCAUUUUAUAAAUGGGACUGUGCUUUUGGACUACGAAAUCCAUUUCUUUUUAUUAUCAUCAGAGGAAGUUAACCUUCCUUUUUGGGCCAUCGCUACAGGAAUUAUACCUGAACUGAUUUUAAGUAAUGUAAACACAGGGCAAAGGGGUGACUGAAGCCCUGUGUUGGCUGUUGCAUCACUUCAGCACUCUUUUCACUGUCAAUAAACAUCUGGUUUGAAUUUUCUACCUAAUCCAAUUUUACUUGUUAUGUUUUAUAUUUUUUUUCUGGUUCGUACAAGAUAUUAGAGCUCCACCAUCACUGACACCGCAGACAGACCGCCAAUGUUUUUGAAUGAAAAUGCAAACAAAUGUCCCAUCACUUCCAC